GGCGGGAGCGGAAGAUCCCGGCGGCUCCGGACAGGGAGCUGGCAACAGCUGUGCGGGCUCGGGGCGGGCCAGGCCGGCAGCGGGAAGGAGGGCGCGCGCGGGGGCAGUGGACCACGCUCUGCCGGAUUCUCCGGCCGCGCGGCCAUGAACCUGGAGCGGCUGCGGAAGCGUGUCCGGCAGUACCUGGACCAGCAACAGUAUCAAAGUGCUCUAUUUUGGGCAGAUAAAGUAGCUUCACUCUCUCAUGAGGAACCCCAGGACAUUUAUUGGUUGGCUCAGUGUCUUUACCUGACAGCGCAAUAUCACAGAGCAGCUCAUGCACUUCGGUCACGAAAACUGGACAAACUGUAUGAAGCAUGCCGCUACCUCGCAGCUAGAUGCCAUUAUGCUGCGAAAGAGCAUCAGCAGGCACUUGAUAUUCUUGACAUGGAGGAGCCAAUCAACAAAAGGUUAUUUGAGAAGUACUUGAAGGAUGAAAGUGGCUUGAAAGACCCCUCCAAUGACUGGGAAAUGUCACAGUCCUCCAUAAAGAGUUCUAUUUGUCUUUUACGAGGGAAAAUCUAUGAUGCUCUGGAUAACCGAGCCCUAGCUACCUAUAGCUACAAAGAAGCUUUGAAGCUGGAUGCCUACUGUUUUGAAGCAUUUGAUCUUUUAACAUCACACCACAUGUUGACAGCUCAAGAAGAGAAAGAACUUCUUGAGUCACUACCUCUUAGCAAGCUCUGUACUGAAGAACAGGAAUUGCUACGCUUUCUAUUUGAGAACAAAUUAAAAAAGUAUAAUAAACCCAGUGAAACUGUCCUCCCCGAGUCUGUAGAUGGUUUGCAGGAGAAUCUGGAUGUGGUAGUGUCUUUGGCUGAAAGACAUUAUUAUAACUGUGAUUUUAAAAUGUGCUACAAGCUUACUUCUGUAGUAAUGGAGAAAGAUCCUUUCCAUGCAAACUGUUUACCUGUACAUAUAGGGACACUUGUGGAGCUGAAUAAAGCAAAUGAACUUUUCUACCUUUCUCAUAAAUUGGUGGAUCUGUAUCCUAGUAAUCCUGUGUCUUGGUUUGCAGUGGGAUGCUAUUAUCUCAUGGUUGGUCAUAAAAAUGAACAUGCCAGAAGAUACCUCAGCAAAGCGACAACACUUGAGAAGACUUACGGGCCUGCGUGGGUAGCGUACGGACACUCAUUUGCAGUUGAGAGCGAGCAUGACCAGGCCAUGGCUGCUUACUUCACAGCCGCGCAGCUCAUGAAAGGGUGUCAUUUGCCAAUGCUCUACAUCGGAUUAGAAUAUGGAUUGACCAAUAACUCAAAGUUGGCUGAAAGAUUCUUUGGCCAAGCGCUAAGCAUUGCACCAGAAGACCCUUUUGUUAUGCACGAGGUUGGCGUGGUUGCAUUUCAGAAUGGCGAAUGGAAAACAGCUGAAAAGUGGUUUCUUGAUGCAUUGGAAAAAAUUAAAGCAAUUGGGAAUGAGGUGACGGUUGACAAAUGGGAGCCUUUGUUGAACAACUUGGGGCAUGUCUGCAGGAAGCUUAAAAAGUAUGCCGAGGCCUUGGAUUAUCACCGUCAGGCACUGGUGUUAAUUCCUCAGAACGCGUCUACCUAUUCUGCCAUAGGGUAUAUCCAUAGUCUGAUGGGCAACUUUGAAAAUGCUGUUGACUAUUUCCACACAGCCCUUGGUCUUAGGCGGGAUGAUACAUUUUCUGUUACAAUGCUUGGUCAUUGCAUUGAGAUGUACAUUGGUGAUUCUGAAGCUUACAUUGCUAAAACAGAAAGCUUGAGCUCUGGCACCCUAAAGACCCUGAGUUGGUAUCUCAACUCUGCCACCAAGCCCUGUGGCUUUGGGUAAGUCUGAGCCUCAGUUUCCUCUUUUGUUUGAGGAGGGUCUUACAACAGGCUUAAAUGCAAAAUUCUUAUAAAGCUAAAGAAGGUCUGGAGGUAGGGUACUGAGUGAGACAGACAUUUUGCCUGUCCUCACAAAGAUAAUGGUCUUACAGAGAUUUCCAAGUGUAUUAGUCAUUACUUACUAUUUAUAUAUAUUUUUUAUUCAGGUAUAAUUGUCAUGUAACAUUAGUUUCAGGUGUAUACCAUAAUUCAGAAUUUGUACAUAUUGUGAAAUAAUCACCACGGUAAGUCUAGUUAACAUUCAUCACCAUACAUAGUUAGAAAUAAUUUUUCUUUUAGUGAGAACUUUUAAAAUCUUCUGUCUUAGCACCUUUCAAAUGUGCAAUACAGUAUUUAAUCACCGUGCUGUGCUGUUUUUCUUUUUAGAAGGCUUGUUUGUCAUUAUCUGUCAAAACACCUGUUGCUGAAAGCUAUUAGUUUGAACUGUGUAAAAUUAUUUUGUGUCAGAAAUGAUUGAACCUAAUACAUCUGUUGGAAAUCUCUUCUCCAUCAUUCAUAAGAUUUUGAUGUGUGGAAAGUGUAUUUCCCCUCAUUGUGUUUCUGUGUGCAUAAGGGUGCAACUGCACCGAUGCCGGAAUGCCAGUGGGCUGUUCUUGUUUGUAACAUGCAAGGGCAAGUGCCUGCUGUGGCUCCCUUGUGUGGGGGGGCUUUAGGGAUGGUGCCGCUGCCACAUGGGGCUUGAAGUACAUGUGCUUGUCAGUCUCCCAGCAGCCGCCCUUGAUAAUCGAGAAAAAGAAGAGGAGGAGAGUGAUUGGAAUUUCUCCUUCUGAGCUGUACUUGUGCUCGUAAAAGUACCAUUGGACUUAGGGGUGCCUGGGUGGCUCAGUCCGUUGAGCAUCUGAUGGCUUCCGCUCAGGUCAUGGUCUUGCAGUUUGUGGGUUCCAGCCCCUCAU